CCAAGCCCUGGGAUCUGAAACGCCUCUUGGGGUCGGCUGAGGACGCCGCUGCGGUGGGCCGAGUGCCCAGGCAGGCAGAUGUCCGGCCUCGGGUCCCCGGCCCCAGCACUGAAGUCCCUGCCACCCGCCGCCACCGUGGCCCCUGCACCCUCACCUACGUCCAGCCCCAAGACAGGGCUCUCGGCCCGGCUGUCCGAUGGCAGCUCCCAGGCCCCGUCACUCAGCAACUCGCGGGGCUCUGUGCAGACCGUGUCCUUCCUGCUCCAGAUUGGCCUCACUCGGGAGAGCGUGGCCCUGGACGCUCAGGACCUGUCAUUGGCCGCCCUCAAGGACCUCGUGUGCUCCAUCGUGUACCAAAAGUUCCCUGAGUGCGGCUUCUUCGGCAUGUAUGACAAGAUCCUUCUGUUCCGCCAUGACAUGAGCUCUGAAAACAUCCUCCAGCUUCUCAGCUCAGCGGAGGAGAUCCAGGAGGGCGACCUGGUGGAGGUGGUGCUGUCAGCACUGGCCACGGUGGAGGAUUUCCAGAUUCGGCCACACGCGCUGCAUGUCCACUCGUACAAGUCGCCCACCUUCUGUGACUACUGCGGAGAGAUGCUCUGGGGGCUGGUCCGCCAGGGCCUCAAGUGCGAAGGCUGCGGGUUAAACUACCAUAAACGAUGUGCCUUCAAGAUCCCCAACAACUGCAGCGGCGUGAGGAAGAGGCGCCUGUCAAACGUGUCUCUGCCAGGCCCCGGCCUCUCGGUGCUGAAAACCCUGCAGACGGAGUGUGCGGCCCUGCCCACGGAGGAGCCACACGACCACCAGGAGCCAGGGAAGAGGGUCCCGUCGUGGAGUGGGCGCCCCAUCUGGAUGGAGAAGAUGGUCCUCUGCAGGGUCAAGGUCCCCCACACCUUCGCCGUGCACUCGUACGCGCGACCCACCAUUUGCCAGUUCUGCAAGCGCCUGCUCAAGGGGCUUUUCCGCCAGGGCCUGCAGUGCAAAGAUUGUAAAUUCAACUGUCACAAGCGCUGUGCGGCCAAGGUACCCCGCGACUGCCUCGGUGAGGUCACCUUCAAUGGGGAGCCGUCGAGCCUGGGCACGGACACGGAUGUCCCCAUGGACAUCGACAGCAGUGACUUGGCCAGCGAGGGCAGCCGUGGCCUGGAUGACGCCGAAGAGCCUUCGCAGCCCGAGGACAAGAUGUUCUUCCUGGACCCCUCAGACCUGGAUGUGGAGAAGGACGACGAGGUGGUGAAGACCAUCAGCCCCUCGACUAGCAACAACAUCCCGCUGAUGCGGGUUGUGCAGUCGGUGAAGCACAGCAAGAGGAAGAGCAGCUCGGUGGUGAAGGAAGGCUGGAUGGUCCAUCACACCAGCCGGGACGCCCUGAGAAAGCGGCACUAUUGGAGGCUCGACUGCAAGUGCCUCACCUUGUUCCAGAACGAAUCGGGUUCCAAGUACUAUAAGGAAAUUCCACUCUCGGAAAUUCUCCGCAUAUCCUCGCCACAAGAUUUCACGCACGUCUCCGCAGGCAGCAACCCCCACUGCUUUGAGAUCAUCACCGACUCGAUGGUGUACUUUGCGGGCGAGAACAGCACAGAUGAUGGUCAUAGCUCGGUGCUGGCAGCAGCCGGUGUGGGGCUGGAGGUGGCACAGAGCUGGGAGAAAGCCAUUCGCCAGGCUCUCAUGCCCGUCACCCCACAGGCCAGCGUGGGCACCGCGCCCGGACCAGGGAAAGAUCAUAAAGACUUGUCCACCAGUAUCUCUGUGUCUAAUUGUCAGAUCCAGGAGAAUGUGGACAUCAGCUCUGUGUACCAGAUCUUCGCAGACGAGGUGCUGGGGUCUGGCCAGUUUGGCAUUGUUUAUGGAGGCAAACACCGCAAGAGCGGCAGGGAUGUGGCCAUAAAAGUGAUCGACAAGAUGAGGUUCCCCACCAAGCAGGAGAGCCAGCUCCGGAACGAAGUGGCCAUUUUACAGAAUUUGCACCACCCUGGGAUUGUAAACCUGGAAUGUAUGUUUGAAACCCCAGAACGAGUGUUUGUAGUGAUGGAGAAGCUGCACGGCGAUAUGUUGGAAAUGAUUCUGUCGAGCGAGAAAAGCCGGCUCCCAGAACGCAUCACCAAGUUCAUGGUGACGCAGAUCCUUGUGGCGCUGAGGAACCUGCAUUUUAAGAACAUUGUGCACUGUGACCUGAAGCCCGAGAACGUCCUGCUGGCCUCCGCCGAGCCCUUUCCACAGGUGAAGCUGUGUGACUUUGGCUUUGCACGCAUCAUCGGGGAGAAGUCGUUCCGCCGCUCGGUGGUGGGCACCCCCGCCUACCUGGCCCCCGAGGUGCUGCGCAGCAAAGGCUACAACCGCUCCCUGGACAUGUGGUCAGUUGGGGUGAUCGUCUACGUGAGCCUCAGCGGCACCUUCCCCUUCAAUGAGGAUGAGGACAUCAAUGACCAGAUCCAGAACGCGGCCUUCAUGUACCCCCCGAACCCGUGGAAAGACAUCUCUGGGGAAGCCAUUGACUUGAUCAACAACUUGCUUCAGGUGAAGAUGAGAAAGAGAUACAGUGUAGACAAGUCACUCAGCCACCCCUGGCUGCAGGACUACCAGACGUGGCUGGAUCUGCGGGAGUUUGAGACACGCAUCGGGGAACGCUACAUCACGCACGAGAGCGACGAUGCCCGCUGGGAGGUGCACGCCUACACGCACGCCCUGGCCUACCCGAGACACUUCAUCAUGGCCCCGAACCCCGACGACAUGGACGAGGACCCCUAAUGAGGCAGGACACCUGGAAGAGGGAUGGACCUGUCAGCCCCUUGUCGCUCACAGUGGGUGGAAGAGCGAGUCAUAGAUGUGCGGAGCCAGGAGACAACUGAUGUCCUGAGUCUUCCUAACCUAAGCAAUAACUGUUUUUUCUACUUUUUUCUAGUCCUCCACUUUAGGGACAAGAGUGGGGCUUAAUUAUUCUCCUGUUCCUACAUUGUUAAGGUUUGUUUUGGGGGCCACACCCAGCAGUGCUCAGAGGUUCCUCCUGGCUCUGUGCUCAUGAAUCGCUCCUGGCAGGCUCAGGGGACCCAGUGGGAUGCCGGGGAUUGAACUUGGGUU